AUGGACAUAUCAAUUCAGCAGAUCCAGGAAAACCAAAUUAAGGAAUUGAAGAAUGGGCACGUCUCUGUAACGUCCCUUGAGAAGUUGAAAGUUCAAUUGAGAGAUGAUGCAAAUAGAGAGUCAGAAAUUGUCACUAAAAACAUAUCAGCUAUUGUUCAAAGCUUCAACAAAAUUAUCAACGAAAAUAUUGACGUAAAUGCAGAGGAUUUUACUUUGUUAGUUGGAAUAUAUCAAUUCCUUGUCAACCUAGUUGCUCGUAGUGAUAGAAAUCGAGAAUUCUUCGUCACCGAAUCAGGGGAGGUUCACGAAUUUUGGAAACUUACCCAGUCCCUACUUGAUAGACAAGAUAAUUCGUUAAAAAGGUUGAUAUUUAUAUUCAUUGGUCAGUUCAUAGUCGAGUCGCAGAGUGUUAGUAAUUACAUGAGAUUCUUGCACAAUCAAGGAUUCCACAAACUGGUUUACCUGCACCUAGAUGAUAACAAUAUUGAAGCUUUCGAUGUUGGCUAUGAACUAAUUAAAUCCAAUGCCGACCAUUUGGAUAUCAGUGAUACUACUUUAAUAGAGAGAACCAAAAGCAAGUUAGAUCAUUAUUUUCAAGAGAGUGAGGACACAGAAAUUCUUGAAAAAUUGGUGGAAAUCAUUGCAUAUUCUGGACCCGAUAGAGACGCAUUUGGCAAUGUUCUCAGUCUUUUAUCACAAGUGGAAGAUAAGGAUCUAGCAAGGAAAAUGUUGGUUGUAGCCAGUUUGCUUUUUACCAACAAACCAGCCGAUAUACCCUUUGAUCAAUUGACAACACGCAAUCCAUACGUCUUUGCAGUGUGUGGCAUUGCAAUUGGAAAUUGCAUCAAAAGCGAUGCUACUAAAAAACUGACAUAUGAACUAAUUGAUGCGAACUUCGGUAUUAAUAACUUAAUUAACACGUUUUUUAAAAAGUUCAAAAUUACUGAUUUGAUACAAGUCCAAGCUAUCCAUAUGUGGACAAAUUUGAUGGAUGUAACAAUUUCAGAAGAAAUCAUAAAGCAAUACACAGAGGAACUUAUUGCACUCAAUCAGAUUGUAAUUGACAACUCACAGUAUUAUUGUGAAAUUGCAGCAUUGUACUUUAAAUUUUUGAAAAAGUUGCUAAUUUUAACUCCAGAAGAGAUACCGAUGGCAUUCGUUAAACAAAUAAAUCAACUUGACAAUGACAUGCCGGAUCACAUUCGUGUGAAGUAUAUUCUUUUACAGAAACUCAAUUUUGAUAUGGGAAAUGCGAAUAAUGAACUAUUGCAAUUGAUUAAGUCAAUUGUAGCGCAAGUUGAUCAACUGGAUGUGUUAGAGCAAAUCAAAACUAUAUCUAUUGUCAAUCAGCAUCUCAAUUCGGGCAAGCUUGUGCUAAAUCCCCAAACUAUAACUGAGAUUUAUUUGCAACCACUCACGGUUAUUUUAAAGCAAAUGCAUGAGAGUGAAGUUUCCUCAACACCAGAUGCAAAAUCGUGGCAAGCAAAAGCUUUCAAGAACAAUUUGAAAUAUACGGCAGUCAUAACUACCAAGGUUGUAGAACUUAUUUCGGGUGAUCUUCCCUCAAUCAACUUUGACGAACUUCAUCAAAUAUGCGCUGAAAUUCUCCUUGCGGAGUAA